AUGAACGAAAAUUUGGCUCAAAAUAGCGAUAAAUUGUCUAGGCCAUUUGAUAUGGCCUUUUCAACGAAGGCGAAGACAGUUGUUGCUUCACAGCUGAUGAAAUCAAAACCGAUGGAUUCGGCAUCAUCUGCUUCUUCCUCAUCAGGCCAUCGGGAAACUCGUUUGAUUCGUUACAAAAAUGACAUGACGGGUUAUAUACCAUACGGAGCACGAUCACGUGAAGAAUAUGCUAUACAGGAAGAAUUUGCUAAUCAUAAUGGCAAAGGCAUUUUGUUAAUGGCCGUUGUUGUUGCUAAGAAUAACGGAUCCGUGCUGACAUCUGAGGUCCUACAGGAAGCUAACGAGGUAAGCUAA